CAUAUGCUUCUUGUGUCUCCUCCGAAUCCUCUGUUCACUUCUUGUUGAUUUUUACUUCCACUCCACUAGCUUCUUCUUCUUCUUCCGUCCCCGCCCUGUUCUUCAACAACUUUUCUCGCGUCUCAUGUCUCGCAUUCCGACAAUUUUUACCCUUCAAAAUCCCUUCUUUAUACAAACUCAGCCCUUAGAUGCUUUGAAUUUGGGUAGCUGGGUUUGAGUUUUUCUGCAAGUGAGCUCUCGGAUUCAGCUCGUUUCUUGAAAUUCAUUGAAUUUGGGUAACUGGAUUUGCGUUUUUUCAGAUGGGUGCGGCUUCUGUUGGGUACCCUUUUGGAAUCACAUCCCAUUGCCAUGGAAAGUUUGGGGCUUUUCCUCGCAAAGCGGGUUUCUUUGGCUCUAAUUUCCCACUGCAUGUGGAAUUUCCAGGACAUAAAUUGUACCCAAGUUCCGUUUUUGCCCCUGCAUCCAAGGAAUUUGCAAGUCGGAUAUGUUCUCUACCUGACGAUGAUGAGUGGUUCUUGGAAGAAGUCUUAACUCCAAUUCUUGAUUCAGUUGAAAAUCCUAUCCACCUGAAGAACUUGUCUGUUGAAGAACUGAAACAGUUAUCUGAUGAAAUCCGUUCAGAGUUAUCAUCUAUAAUGUUGAGAACACGAAAGUCUUUCAGAGCCAGUUUGGCAGUGGUGGAGUUGACGAUUGCAAUACACCGUGUUUUUCAUGCUCCCGUGGACAAGAUAAUUUGGGAUGUCGUGGAACAAACAUAUGCACAUAAAAUACUUACAGGAAGGCGGGGCCUCGUACAUACAGCUCGACGAAAUAAUGGUUUUUCUAGUCUCUCAUCUCGACCUGAGAGUGAAUAUGAUCCAUUCGGGCCAGGGCAUGGGUGCAGUAGCGUUUCUGCUGGACUGGGCAUGGCAGUUGCACGGGAUAUUAAGGGAAAGCGGGAACGUAUUGUUUCAGUAAUCAGCAAUGGGACAACGAUGGCCGGUCAGGUCUAUGAGGCAAUGGGUAAUGCAGGUUAUUUGGACUCAAAUAUGGUAGUUAUUUUAAAUGACAGCCGGCACUCUUUACACCCAAAGACUGAGGAGGGCCCAAAGACAGCUAUUAGUGCUCUGUCGAGUACCCUAAGCAAGCUCCAGUCAAGUAAAUCCUUUCGGAGGUUUAGAGAAGUUGCUAAGGGUGUUACUAAAAGAAUUGGAGGAGGCAUGCAUGAAUUGGCAGCUAAAGUUGAUGAGUAUGCACGUGGUAUGGUCGGUCCACUAGGAUCAACUCUUUUCGAAGAGCUCGGAUUGUAUUACAUUGGCCCUGUUGACGGACACAAUAUUGAAGACUUGAUUUGCGUUCUACAAGAAGUGGCAUCUCUGAAUUCAAUGGGUCCUGUUUUGGUUCAUGUGCUAACGGAAGAAAAUCGGGAAGGUGAAAACAACCCAAAGAGUGGGGUACAAGGUUUGAGUAAUUCUGAUGAUUUACCGUCCAAAAUUCGCCAUAGAACUUAUAGCGACUGCUUUGUGGAGGCUUUAGUGAUGGAGGCAGAGGAGGACAAAGAUAUUGUGACUGUUCAUGCAGGAAUGCAUAUGGAAACAGCAUUCCAACUGUUUCGUGAAAGAUUUCCUGACAAAUUUUUUGAUGUGGGAAUGGCUGAGCAACAUGCGGUUACUUUUUCUGCUGGUUUGGCAUGUGGAGGACUAAAGCCAUUUUGCAUUAUCCCGUCUGCAUUUCUACAAAGAGCUUAUGAUCAGGUAAUUCAUGACGUAGAUCGGCAAAGAAUUCCAGUGCGUUUUGUCAUUACAAGUGCAGGGUUGGUAGGAUCUGAUGGUCCCAUGCAGUGUGGAGCAUUUGAUAUAACAUUUAUGUCAUGCUUACCAAACAUGAUCGUCAUGGCACCAUCUGAUGAGAAUGAGCUUGCCAACAUGGUGGCCACUGCAGCCUACAUCGAUGAUCAUCCAGUUUGCUUCCGAUAUCCAAGGGGCGCCAUUGUUGGGAUGGACCAUUCCGUAUGCAGUGGAACCCCCAUUGAGAUUGGAAAAGGGAAAAUUCUUGCGGAGGGGAAAGAUGUGGCAUUGCUGGGAUACGGAUCAAUGGUUCAGAACUGCCUCAAGGCUCGGUCUCUUCUUUCAAUGCUGGGCGUUGAUGUAACAGUUGCUGAUGCAAGGUUCUGCAAGCCCUUAGAUGCCAAGCUUCUUAGGCAGCUUUGUCGGAACCAUUCAUAUCUGAUCACGGUUGAGGAAGGAUCUAUUGGAGGAUUUGGAUCCCAUGUUGCACAGUUCAUUUGUCUCGACGGACAGCUUGAUGGAAACAUCAAGUGGCGACCAAUUGUUUUACCGGACAACUACAUUGAGCAUGCAUCCCCAAAUGAGCAGCUAGCUAUUGCUGGACUAACCGGACACCACAUAGCAGCAACGGCGUUAACUCUGCUUGGCCGAACUCGUGAAGCCCUUCACUUAAUGUGCUAGGCAUCUGCUAUUCUCUGCCCUUUCACCGAGGCUACAUUUCUGAGCGGAAAAAUGAAUACAGAUCAAAGCUCAAGUAGCAUUAAUUCGACCGAAAGGCACCGAAAAUAUAACCUUAUCAAUUUGGAUAGAGGGUGCUUGCAUGCAAGUAUAUGAUCAUUAAUUUACAGCAGCACAAAGGAAAUUUUAAAAGUUAAAAGUUCUUCCGCCCUGCUAAAUAUUUUGACCAGAAAUUUAAAUUAUUUAAUACCAUGUUAUAUAUAGUGCAGUAAAUUAAAGAUUUGAAUUUACUUUUUAACA